AUGCGACUGUGCUGUGUGGUGCAGCGUCCCAAUAAUGUGGGUUUAAUCCCACAAUUGAUAACUGUGAUUACCUUGAUUAUAAUUAUUAAUUAUUUAUUGCUAAUUAUUUGUGUCAGAUGGAGUGGCUUUGUUACCUUACUAGAGUGUAAGAUUUUAGGCGAUAUUCAGAUUCGUAUAGGAUCUAAUAAAGUGGGUUUUAUAGGACUAAUACAACCAUUUGCUGAUGCUGGCAAGGUAUUUUCUAAAGAAAAAAAGUUACAGGAUUCGAACAUUUAUAUCAUGUUUUUUUUAAAAUCUAAGUGUCCUAAAAGUAUGGAGUUGCUUUCAGAAGAUGGAGGUGUAUUAUUCAUUGUGUUAUAUCUAUACAAAACUGAAAUCUUUGAAAUAGGAAUAUGUAGCACAGAACUUCCUUCAUAUAUUUACAGACUAUCACAACUAAUAGGACGAAAUCAUUUCGUACACAGAGUUGGUAACCAUCACGUGUAA